AUGCCUGCUACUACUGCUACCGCUCCUGCUAUUCCUUCUUCCGCCUCUCUCAAGGGCCCUGUUGACAGCCAAGUCGACGUGGCCGCCCUUUUUGUCGCUGAUAAAGCUACCCGUGACGCAGCCGCAAGAGUUCUGGCUUCGGCCGUGCAAAAUGAUGGCCCUGCUGCCAUUGCCGCUGCUGGUUUCGUUGAAGCCGCAGUCAAGGCUCUUGCCGACAAAAAAUCCGCUGCUGCCCGUGAAGGUGCAGCUGAUGCUGUAAUCGCCCUUGCAAAAGUGGGCGCUACCAAGGCCCUUGAACCCACUUUCGUCGAUUCUGGUCUCUAUGCAGCUCUCAUCGAGGGUUUUGCCGACAAAAUGCCUGCCCCUCGUAAUGCAGCCGUCGAGGCAGUUCGGGAGUUUGUAGCCUCCAUGAACCCAUGGGCUACCGGUCUUCUUCUUCCUGCACUUCUUCACGAAAUUAAAACUGCAGGAAAAUGGCAAGUGAAGACUGGCUCACUUAUCGUCCUGAACCAGCUCGUUGUGUCUGCGCCCCUUCAAACCGCUCGCCUGAUGCCUGACAUCGUCCCUAUUCUUGCUGAGGCUAUCUGGGAUACCAAAGCAGACGUGAAGAAGGCUGCACGCGAUUCUCUUACCAAGGCUACUGCGUUGGUUUCGAACAAGGACAUUGAACGCUUUAUUCCAGCUCUCAUUAAGGCUCUCAUAAAUCCUGUCGAGGAGGUACCAAAUACCGUUCAGCUCCUCUCGGCUACCACAUUCGUUUCCGAAGUAGACUCUGCUACCCUUUCCUUGAUGGUUCCCCUUCUGUCCCGUGGUCUCCUAGAGAAGCUCACUGCUACGAAGCGUAAGGUUGCAGUCAUUGUCGAUAACAUGGCCAAGCUUGUGGACUCUCCUGUCACUGUCCGUCCAUUCUUGCCCAAGCUCCUCCCUGGCUUGAUCAAGGUCGAGACUACCAUUGGUGACCCCGAAGCUCGUGGUGUAGUUGGCAAAGCCAUUGCCACUCUUCGCCAAGUUGGCGAAGUCCCCGCUGAAAGCGAUGGUACCGACCUUCCUGCACUGAAAGUUGCUGAGGCAUCGCAGCUUGCAUCAUCCCUCGCUGCUAUUUACAAGAAAGCAGGCGCUGCCACUCUCUCCACCACUGACGCUUCCGCCGUCUACGUCUCGCGCCUUGCUGCCAACCUUGUUAAUGCCAAGAACUUUGAUGUUCCCGAGUGGGACACACUCGCUUCUUACCUCGCUUUCCUCACCCCCACUCCUGACCCUGUUUCCAUUGCAAGGGAAUGGGUCGUUCGCUCUGCCAGCGAGGACACUGAGGAUGAUACAGUCCCUGACGAUGAGGAGGAGGGUGAAGACCUGUGCAACUGCCAGUUUUCCCUUGCCUACGGUGCAAAGAUUCUCUUGAACACCGCUACCCUCCGCCUCAAGCGUGGCCACCGCUACGGUCUUUGCGGUAAGAACGGUACAGGGAAGUCAACCCUCAUGCGUGCUAUCACCAACGGACAGGUCGAGGGUUUCCCUUCCCCUGAUGAGGUUCGCACCUUCUAUGUCGAGCACGACAUCGAUGGCAGUGAGGCCGAUACGUCGGUCCUUCAGUUUAUCCUAUCUGAUUCACGCAUUCUUGCUGGCGAGACUGAAGUUAUCGAGACCCUCGCUUCCGUCGGCUUCAGCGAUGAGCGUCAGAAGGACGCCAUUGGCAGUUUGUCCGGUGGAUGGAAGAUGAAGCUUGCCCUCGCCAGGGCCAUGCUUUUCAAGGCUGACAUUCUCCUCCUUGAUGAGCCUACCAACCACUUAGAUGUUGUUAACGUGGCUUGGCUCGAGAACUACCUCGUCAGCCUGAAGACCUGUACCUCCAUCAUCGUCUCACACGACUCUAGCUUCCUCAACAACACGAUCACUGACGUUCUCCACCUUAACCGCUUCAAGGUCAAGAGAUACCGCGGUAACCUUGAGGCCUUCGUCAAGGUCGUCCCUGAGGCGAAGUCUUACUACACCCUUGAGGCUGCUGAGGACUACAAGUUCAAGCUCCCAGACCCACCUUUGCUCGAGGGUGUCAAGACCAAAGAGAAGAGUUUGCUCAAGAUGCGCAAGGUCGGCUUCCAGUACCCCACGCAGCCCGUCCAGCAACUAUACGACAUCAAUCUUCAAGUCUCUCUUUCGUCUCGCGUUGCUGUUCUUGGUCCCAACGGUUCGGGCAAGUCGACACUAGUUAAGCUCCUCAUUGGCGACAUGGAGGCCAACAGGGGUGGUGAAAUCUGGAAGCAUCCCAACUUGGUCAUCGGUUACGUUGCUCAGCAUGCCUUCCACCAUAUUGACCAUCAUCUCGACAAGACUCCUCUCGAAUAUAUGCUUUGGCGUUACCAGACUGGUGAGGAUUUGGAAGAGAUGCAGAAGGCCAAUCGUCAAAUUACCGAAGCCGAGGCACAAAAGAUGAAAGAUGGUUCCCUCUAUAGGUUCAUCGAAGAGAUCGUCGCGCGCAAGAAAUUGAAGCAGUCCUACGAGUAUGAGGUUUCUUUCAAGAACAUGAGCUCCUCGGAGAACGUGUGGAUGCCUCGUGACGAACUCAUCAAGCGUGGCUUCGAAAAGAAAGUUCUCGAGGUGGAUACUCGUGAAGCCCAGCGUCUUGGUCUUUUGCGCCCUCUUGUCCGUCGGGAGAUUGAGAAGCACUUUGCUGACUUCGGUCUCGAGCCCGAGUUUGUGUCGCAUAACACUAUGAGGGGUCUUUCUGGCGGUCAGAAAGUGAAAAUUGUUCUCGGUGCUGCUACAUGGCGCCGGCCUCAUGUCAUCUGCUUGGACGAGCCGACUAACUACCUUGAUCGUGAGUCACUUGCUGCGCUCAUCGAGGCCUUGAAAGUCUUCGAGGGUGGUGUACUCGUUAUCACCCACAACAGGGACUUCUCUGAGUCCCUCUGCCACGAAGUGUGGGCCAUGCGCGAUGGCCACCUCGAGGCUUCCGGCCACAACUGGGUCGAGGGUCAGGGUUCAGGUCCCCGCAUUGAUAAGAAGGAUGGCGAGGAGGAGGUUCAGUAUGAUGCCAUGGGCAACAAGAUCGAUAACAAAAAAGUAAAGAAGCUGACGUCAGCUGAACAACGCAAGCUCAAGAAGGAGCGCAUGGCUCGUAAGAAACGAGGUGAAGAAGUCACCGACGAUGAGCUUUAA